AUGAAAGGGAGAGUCGAGCGAUUGAAGAGGCGUGAGAAGAGAAACAAAAAAUUAAGGGAAAAGCGACAUCCGGCCUUCGGAGAGCAUUUGCUACCCGACCCUUUGUUCGACAUAAUCGGCGCAGGAAAAACCAUCUACGACACCGCGACAAAUUGGGGUAGUCGAGCUUGGUCGAUAGUUAGUACUUGGGCCCGUCUAGAUCCACAACCGUAUGCUGAUACGGGAUUUUACAUGGAUAACGAAUUCUCAAAAUCUACCGAAUCCGUGUCCUCCCAAGAUUCCUGGUUUGACGACUCCUGGUCAAUAUCUGAAACUAGGACCCCCUCAGUUUUCGGUGAGUUUGAGGAUGGCAACGUUGAUUCGUCGGGCGAUUCAGCAGAAGACGGGCCCGAAUGGUGGAGACGAAAGGCCACCACUAUUGAUUCGGAGAACCCGAUGUCUCUCAACUCCCCAAAGUCGUCUUUCUUUGUGAUGACGGAGUCCCAGGAAGUACCGACAGAUAUGUAUGGUACUCAGGAGAGCCGUUUAGAUCUGCUGAGCCCUAAUCCGGCAAGGGACUUCACGAAGCCGGACUAUACCUGGGAAUCGUUAUUAUUGGGCAAAGAGUACCAGCUCUACAACCCGGUGGUCAGGGUCUUCAAUGACCCGAAGGAUAUAAUGUCGUCACCGCACGGAUAUAAGAAACGCUGGGCGGCAGAUUUUGGAACGCCGUCAGUUAGUAUCCACGAUCCAUUUAGUGGCACUUGGCUGCAGGUGUCAAUGGUCGCAGUUGGUGGGGUUGCAGUUGUCUUUUUGGGAUUGAGGAUUUGGAAGCGUAAGGACGCAAAAGAGGCUAAAAGAGAUGUUUACCGAAAAAAGGUCGCCGAGAAUUUGAAAUGA